UGAGGCCGCUCGGGAGUCGGCGGUGCUCCUGCAGCAGAGGCGGGAGAGCGGCCAGGACAAGCCGACUCUUCUCCUCCUCGCAGCGGCGGUGCUGCCAAAAUGCCGCGGGAAGAGGAGCGCAGCUGCCCCUUAACGUCUCUCGCCGUAGCCGCUUGCCUCCUCUUGUCGCUCUUCACCCGGGCUUUGGCUUUACAUAUUGCUGCUGAAGAGGUAAAGGAUCAGAGCAAGGUUCUGGUAUCACAGACAUCUGAAAAAAAUGGAAACUCACGUGAAGUAAGCAAGGAACUAAAAGAAAUCGUGUUCGUCAUCCAGAGCCAAAGAAAUUCUUUUCAUUCAAAGAGAGCGAAUGACCUAAAGCAAAAUAUUUUAAAACAGGCUGCAGUUCUUGGGAAGGAAAUACCCACAGUUCUGCUUAUUCACCUGAUGGACAGACAUGAAGGUGCAUGGACCAUUCUGCCACUGAUGCAUGACUUUUCUGCUUCGUACAGCAGAAACUCCUCAUGGAUUUUUUUCUGUGAAGAAGAUACAAGAAUACAUAUUGUAAAGCUGCUGGAAAUACUUAGAAGAUAUGACAAAUCUAAGGAAUUUUUUUUAGGCAAAGCAUUACAUGAUGAUGAAUCUACAAUUAUUCACCAUUAUGCCUUUGCUGAAAACCCUACCAUUUUUAAAUUUCCAGAUUUUGCUGCUGGCUGGGCACUCAGUAUGCCGCUAGUAAAUAAGCUUGCAAAGAGGCUGAAAAAUGAACCUUUAAAGUCAGAUUUUACAAUAGAUUUGAAAUAUGAGAUUGCACUAUAUAUCUGGGGAAAAGGCAAUGGACCACAUCUGACUCCAGUGCCUGAGUUCUGUACAGAAGACUUUGACCCUUCCAAGACUGCUCAUUGUGCCACUACAUUCGCUAAUUUCCUCCCACUUUGUGGUGAUCCUGUGAAGAAAACAGAUAUCUUUGUUGCUGUAAAGACAUGCAGAAAAUUCCAUGGAGACAGAAUCCCCAUUGUAAAACAGACCUGGGAAGGCGAGGCUGCUCUUAUGGAAUAUUACAGUGAUUACACAGACAGUUCUAUUCCUACGGUUGACUUAGGAGUGCCAAACACUGAAAGAGGUCAUUGUGGAAAAACAUUUGCCAUUUUGGAAAGAUUUUUAAACCAUCACCCUUCUACAACUCCUUGGUUAGUCAUUGUGGAUGAUGACACUUUAAUAAGUAUAUCUAGGCUCCGGAAACUUCUCAGCUGCUAUAACCCAAGUGAACCAGUAAUUCUUGGAGAACGUUAUGGCUAUGGAUUGGGUUCAGGAGGCUAUAGUUAUAUCACUGGAGGAGGAGGGAUGAUCUUCAGCAGAGAAGCAAUCCAAAGAUUAUUUGCUAGUAAAUGCCGAUGUUACAGCAAUGAUGCCCCUGAUGACAUGGUAAUUGGAAUGUGUUUCAGUGGCUUAGGGAUUCCCAUAACACACAGCCCUCUCUUCCAUCAGGCUCGACCAGUGGAUUAUCCAAAGGACUAUCUUUCCCAUCAAGUUCCAAUUUCAUUUCACAAACACUGGAACAUUGAUCCAGUAGAAGUAUACUUCAGGUGGCUAGCACCAAAUCUGGAAGAUUUGCAAGAAGGGAAUAUACGUGUCAAGGAGGAUUUAUAAUCUGUAGAAAAACAUUAAUAUUUAAAUAUUGUUGUAGGCUUAUAUUGGAGUUACUGAAUUUGUUGUUGUAUUUAUACUUGUCACCCAUUCUGUAUACAGUACUAAAGGCAUGGUCCACUACCACUGCAAGUACAAGGCCUGUUGUGUGUGUAAGACUAACAGAACAUAAUAGAGCCCUGUUUUCUCCUUCCAAAACUCAAAUAACUUUUACCACAUACGGAUAGGGAUAUUGGAGGUGUGUACAAACCUCAGAUUCCCCAUAAUGCCCCAUGAUGCUGGCAGUAUACCUGAGUCAAUAGGGGAGGGGAGGAAACAGAACUCUGUUGCAUCUUCUGGAAGUCCUCCAUGGAUAGGGACUGCAGAGGAACUGGUUCAUGCCUUAAAUAUCCCUGUCCUAGAUUUUAUUUAUACACACAAACUCCCAUGUAAAUACAUUUAAUGAGUGAACUUCAAGGCUUGUAAUAUUACGUAUCUUUUGGGUUUCAGAUUUUGUAACUAUUGCCUGUUAAAUAUCAGGAUUUCUUAAAAAAAUUCUCAAACAUAAGCAACCUGCCAUUCCACCCCCCCCCCCAGUUGACAGUGGUAUAUUAGAGUCAUAAUGAUAAAGCGUGUUAAAACUCCUUUUGAGUUACAGAGGAUUUUGUGAUUCUUUAUCCCUUGAUAUCUGCUGAUGUUUGUAAAGAGAAAGAGGCCUGGUCAUACUCUGUGUGAAUCAACUAAAGAACCCGUUUAUUGUCCUAUCUGUGUAUCAGCUUGCAUCUUUAAACAAAUACCAUUUAUAAAUAAUUGAAAAAGUGAAGACAGUGUUCCUGUACUGACCACAAGAUGUCACUACUGAUACUCCUGUUUUAGAUACUUACCUAACUUAUGCCCACAUUGUGUGGGUCGUUAAUGCAAGACUAAAAUUUAGCUGAGUACUCCUUUGCCAGAUUUGUGUUAUUUCAAACAUAGUACACAUCUAAAAUCUACACAUUCAAAAUGGAGUCCAGUUUUAUAAAGUACGGGUGAACUAGAAUGAAGGGGGGGUUAAGAAAAUACAUGCACAUCUGUCAGGGAGCUGUAAAAUGGGACAAAAAUAUUUGUCCAUUCAGAGUGAGGGCAGGAAGCAAUGUCCUCACUCUGAUUUGACUUUGUGAUGUCAUAAUUUAGCCAAAUCUGAGUGGCUGCGUGAUAUGGUGACACCCUGAUUUCACUGUGCUGCCUUUAAAAUCUCCGGCUGUCUGGGAGUAUCUUGGGAAAGAAGCCCCAUGUUUUAAAAAAUUGUGCUGAACAUAGAUUGGAGAAAGAAGCUGUAGAUAUCUAGCAUACAACACAAAAAAGGGUAAAUAAAAGCAGUGUGGGGUUUACAUGUACAGUUCUUCCUUUUAUCUUGAAGAUUUUUGUCGGUGAAAAUUCAUUGCAGACAUAGGAAAGAGGUUGUAUAAAAAAUUUUGUUACAUUUUUAACAUCUACAAUGAAUUUCUUCUGUUGAAGGCAUUUCCAUCUAACAUCACUUGUUAUUUUUUUAACCAAAACAGUCAUCUUGCAUAAUUUUUCUCAUAUAUGUUAAAGCAUUUUUCCCUUUAUCACAGAACUCACUUGAUGUGUUCCAAAGUAAUACAGUUCUUACCUUUGGGAACAGAAUUUGUCAGUCAGGAAUUACUGAAAGAGUGUGAUCAUGCUUGUGAAUGUAAUUUGGGUAUUUAAAGGGUAUGAAUAUUGAGCACAUUUUGGACAGAUAAAGUUUGAAUUGGAGGAACUGGCAACAUGUAUUUUCCCUUUGUCCUCUUUCGGUGCCUUAUACUAUAGAUAUUUUUACUGAUAAUUCUAUUUUUUUUUACUGUAUGCAACGUAUUGUUAUUUAUGUUUAUUGUUUAAAACUGUGUAAACCUAAAAUGGAAUAAAAUAAUUAUUUAAAGUUC